UGCUUAUCACCUGGCCCUCGGUGAAUCACAAAGCACCGUUGUUCUGGUGGACAAAUGGCGACUCAUGUCGAUAUAAGAAGGUUGGAUGUAUUUUCCUGAGAAUCUUCUACAUUGGAUGCAAUUGUUUAUAAAAGGGUUGAACGCGUCCGUGUACAAUGGCGGCGUCGGGGACUGACGUGUCCUGUCAGCAUACCAUCACUUUACAAGACUUCACGCACUUCGCUGUAGGUCCCGCGCUGUUCAUCAUCUUCAUCCUGAGUCUCCUGGAGAAGAGGCGGAACGCAAAACGAUGUCGAUGUUUCGGAGACAGGCCCGGCCUACUGGUCCCCGUGAACCUCCUGGACGGAGAUGAGGACAGGUUCGCCUAUGCUGCUGCUUUCGGCUCCACCGCAACCAGCUGCCUCAUCUUGUUCGGGGGAGACUACAUCCCUGACAACUCACCCAUGUGGUCGCAAGUGUUCCUGGCCAUGAUGGCCGUGACGGAGAUGGGGAUAGACUACUACCCGUUUUUCGCCUGUCUGGCAAAGAAGAACAGCUUUGUCUGGUCAUUGAUAGGCCUGGCCUACUCCAUCCUAUGGUUUUUAGUCAACCUAGCUCACGUGUUUGAAUGCGUGGAUGCAUCCGACUGGGUGUUCACUGGUCAGCCAGUGGUCAUCCAGCUCCCAGUGCUCGCCUGUCUUCUGUACCUUGUCAUCACCUUCCUCAUCCGGGUCAUCGUCGCCAUCUUGUCAACCCUCAGAUCAAUGACAGAGUCCUACACACACAAUACCGAUGCAACCUUCCUGAUCAAAGACAAGCUUCAGGCACCACAUCAGCUGAUGAAGUACCACCAAGCCAAACAUGUGACAGAACUACUCAAGGGCAAGCACUCCAGUCUGCCUCCAAUACUGACCUCGGCUGACUGCGGUUCAGGGUUGUGGAAUGUUCUGAAUGUCCGCCAGGAUCCAACAUUCAGGUACUCUCCGCGCAUCACUGUCACCGUCACUGUCGCCAUGCUCUGUCUUUAUGAGUUUGGCCUGCUGUCGUUCUUAACAAUAGAGAAGGCCCUAGGCAGCGCCAAGGCAUCCUUGCAGAACGCCACUGUGUCUUCCAGCAUGGCUACCGUGUUUGGCCCAGGGAUGUACAACCAGAUGAAGCUCCUCCUGCAUGUCGGACAGAUGUCAUGGUAUGCUGCCUUCGGCGUGUCGUCAGUGGUCAUUGUGAACUACAUCAUCAGGAUCUUCGUCAGUUACAAAGUGCAGCUCAAACGACUGAUGAGGGGAGACCACUCUUUUAUACCCAAGCACUGCUCUGUUUUGCCCAGGAGCAAAAUAGUGGCUCACAGUCUGAUGUAUUCUGGAUCUCAAAUUGCCUACAUUCUAUGGGGUUAUUAUGUGAUGAUAUUGUCAAUAUUCACCAGUAGUAUGCUCCUCGCCUACCUGUUCAUACUGCCCCUGCUGGGGUUUGUGUCAAGUCUCCUACUCGAACCCUUCUGGACCAUAAUACCGACGGUGCUGGUAUCCUACACGGUGUACUACCUCCAGGUCCUGGUGUCCAAGAAGGCGCUGCUGCAGAAUGAACAUUUCUGUAACAGCACUACUAACAAGGUCAGGAGGGUGCUUGCUCUGGACAACAGACGUAUAUUCCACAACGUGUCCUAUUUCUUGUUUUUCUACCACAUUCUGCUGGGGCUGUACACGUGCUUGGUGAGGAUUGGUAAAGGCAUUCUACUUGGAGUUGUCUUCCUUGGCAGAAUUGACCGCAGUGGGUUGGUCAAGGGCUUCGAACAUUGGGACACAGGGUACCUGUCGUUCGUGAGUUUCCUGCAGGUGGAACUGGCUCACACACACCCUGUACUGGUAGUUUUCUGUCAGCUGCUGAUGAACGGUGUCAGAGACAGGAGGUUGGCGCGGUUCUCCCUCAGCCAGGAUGGCCACACCGGAUCUCCAUACAAAACAUUCGGUGACGUGGAACUCCUGUCCAUGGAGUCAUCCUACCGUGUGAGGACAAGAUGGUUGAAGGCCUACACACUCAUCAGAAACCCAGCAUUGAGACAAAGCCAGGAUUCUAGCCAUGAAGACUGGCAAUUACAGCAUCUGAAAGCACAGUGACUUGAAGUACAGUUCCGAGUGCUGCUCUCUGUGCCUAUAUUUGUUUGUUUUUGAACUUCGUGCUUCACACAUUACUCAUGUGGGGAAUCGAACCCGGGCCUUUGGCGUGACCAGGCUGCGGCAGAAGGCUACCCCACGCUCCGUUUUAUUUUUGUUCAUGACAGUCACAAGGGAAUAAUCUACAUCGGGUAAAAUAUGAAUAUAUAUACAUUACUAUAUAUUAAUAGCUUGUGUCGUUACGGGGCGGUCGGGUAGACUAGUGGUUAAAGCGUUCGCUCGUCACGCCGAAGACCCUGGUUCGAAUCCCGACAUGGGUACAAUGUGUGAAGCCAAUUUAUGGUGUCCCCCGCCAUGAUUU